CGUCGUUUCGAUUACAUAAGCUAGGAACUAAACUGAAUUCACCAAUGAAGUGCUUGAUCGCUACUCCCAGAUGUCUUCCAUAGGCCCACAAAUUCCAGCACAUCUCCUUCCAAAUGUUGCGUCAGCCGAGGAUUCUGACGAAGACGACGAUUACACACCGACUCUGCCUCCCGACCUUGCUGCCUCCCGCGCAGCUGGGCCUUCGCUACCCUCAAAGAGCGAAUCGAAUACGCCGCCUCCAAAACGACACUACGUAGGACCCUCAUUACCUCGCUCACAAGCUCCUUACGAUGAUGACUCGGAUUCAGAUGUCGGGCCUCAGCCACUUCCUGCAGCAUAUGCUUCGCAAAUAGAAGGAAAGUCAGGCGUGGAAGAGUUCUUGGAGAGGGAGGAAAGGAGGAGGAAACUUCAGGAAGAGGCGAGCAAGCCGAAAAAGCUUCAGCGGGAAGAGUGGAUGCUUGUACCUCCAAAAAGUGGUGACUUGUUAGCAUCACUUGACCCGACGAAGGCUAGGCCUCGCCAGUUUGCACGUAGCGCUGCACCAUCGCGAGACAACUCCGGAUCUUCCCUUUGGACUGAGACACCCGCCGAAAGACAGCAACGUCUUGCCGACGAAGUUGCUGGACGGAAACGACGUGCAGUAAAUGCACCACCAGAGGAGGACUCGCAUGACAUAGCAAAGCGACGGCGACGGGAUGAAGAGAUUCGCAGAGGAGUUGAGGAGCACACACGCAAGGCCCGCGGUUCAGCCCUUGUAGAGUCGCAUAUGGAGCGAGAAAAAGAGGAAGAGGUUCACAAUAAUAGUGAACCCUCAGUUAUCUGGGAUCAUGAACGUGAUAUGUCUCUAGGUGGACGACUUAUGGAUGAUAAACAGAGGCAGAAGAUGCUUCGGGAUGCCAAAGGACUCGGAGAGCGUUUCGGUAGUGGGCGCAGCGGAGGGUUUCUCUAAGUUCCUGACAUUUCCAGCGACGCUGGAAUCUACGUCGCGGACCGUUGCAUCUCCGCUCACUCUUGCUAGAAAGACCUCUGUUGCGUCAACAUCAUCAGCCCGAGCAUCUGGGCAGUGCAUUGUUGGGUUCCAGGCGAAAGUUAGGGAAGCUGAAUGCAGAUGCAUGAUGCCAUCAUCAUUCCGGCAGUUU